UGGGCCCUGAGGGCGGUUGGCCGCGUUUGGAGCGCAGCCAUGAGCGGCUCCUCCUCGCGGUCCCUGAAAGGAACACCGCGGUUGGGUGCGGACGGCCAGUCUCUGUACCAGCGGUUAAGUCAGAGGAUGCUGGACAUCUCCGGGGACCGGGGCGUGUUGAAGGAUGUCAUCCGAGAGGGGGCUGGAGAGCUGGUGACACCCGACGCUUCGGUGCUCGUGAAAUACUCUGGAUAUCUGGAGCACAUGGACAAGCCUUUUGAUUCUAACUGCUUUAGGAAAACUCCUCGGCUCAUGAAACUUGGGGAGGACAUCACACUUUGGGGCAUGGAGCUGGGCCUUCUGAGCAUGCGGAGAGGAGAGCUGGCAAGGUUCCUGUUCAAACCGACCUACGCCUACGGAACACUGGGCUGUCCUCCCCUGAUCCCCCCAAACACCACCGUCCUAUUUGAGAUUGAGCUCCUUGACUUCCUGGACUCUGCUGAGUCGGACAAGUUUUGUGCCCUCUCGGUGGAUCAACAAGAUCAGUUUCCACUCGAGAAGGUCCUAAAAGUGGCAGCUACCGAACGGGAGUUUGGCAACUACCUUUUCCGCCAAAAUCGAUUCUAUGAUGCCAAAAUGAGAUAUAAACGGGCCUUGGUCCUUCUCCACCGCCGAUCAGCACCCUCUGAGGAGCAGCACCUGGUGGAGACCGCCAAGCUGCUGGUUCUCCUUAACUUGUCCUUUGUGUACCUGAAGCUGGAGCGACCCGCCAUGGCCCUGCGCUAUGGAGAGCAGGCUCUGAUCAUUGACCAGAAGAAUGCCAAGGCCCUCUUCCGGUGUGGACAGGCCUGUCUCCUCAUGACUGAGUAUCUGAAGGCCCGGGAUUUCCUAGUCCGAGCCCAGAAGGAGCAGCCCUUCAAUCAUGACAUCAAUAAUGAGCUGAAGAAACUGGCCAGCUAUUACAGGGACUACGUGGAUAAAGAGAAAGAAAUGUGUCACCGAAUGUUUGCUCCUUGUGACAGUGGCCCUGCGGCAGGAGAAAACUGAAGAUUACUCAGCUAACUACAAGCAAGAGAAGCAAGGCUGCCUGGAGUUCGUCAUCAUUAUAGGGGGCAGGGGGCUUUUGGGGAAGAACGCCCCAGAGCAGACUGUGUAGCAGUGACCCACUUGGAAGGGGGGCUGGAAUUCCACAGCCUGAGGCCAUUGCCUCAUCUCUGACCAACACACGGCCCAAGUGUUUUCACAGAUGCUGUUUUCUGUUUCAUGUUUUCAUACGGAUGAGGGGAAAGGGUAGCUACUGACAAGUAGCAAGGUAUUAUUUUUAAAGGCAGUUUCUUGUUUUUUUCAAAUAGAAUUAGUCCUUGGCUUUUAUCCCAGUCCCAACCCCCGUCCUGCUGCUAAUGUCCCUGGGUAAAUACAGAUAGAGAUGGUAUUGUGUAUUUUAUAGGGUUCUCGGUUUUGAAGAGAGAGAAUUAUGUUACAGACGUUUUUGUUGUAACUAAAUAAAACACUUCUUUGUCCUUGCAAGA